AUGAAGAAAACUCAAACACAAACACAAACACUUCUUCUUGUUGCAAUCUUUCUAUGUUUAACCUUAAACACACUCUCGCUCUCAACUCUCACAAUCAAUGACCAAUCUCUUACCUUCGAAAAUGACCGUCUCCGAAACGCUUACAUUGCGUUACAAGCUUGGAAACAAGCCAUUCUCUCUGAUCCACAAAACUUCACUACCAACUGGGUUGGACCCAAUGUAUGCAGCUACACCGGUAUUUACUGUGCUCAAGCACCAGACAACCCUAAAAUACGCACGGUCGCCGGUAUUGAUCUCAAUGAUGCCGACAUUGCCGCUUAUUUACCCGAUGAGCUAGGACUCUUACAAGAUCUCGCACUUUUCCACACAAACUCUAACAGAUUAUGUGGUACAGUUCCUCACACUUUUGAGAAACUGAAACUUCUCUUCGAAUUGGAUCUCAGUAACAACAGAUUCGCCGGGAAGUUUCCGGAAGUUGUGUUGCGUCUUCCCGGCCUUAAAUAUUUGGAUUUAAGGUUCAAUGAGUUUGAAGGAACGGUUCCUAGAGAGUUAUUUGAUUUAAACAUAGAUGCUCUUUUCAUAAAUGAUAACCGGUUUUCGUCUGUGCUUCCGGAGAAUUUUGGUAACUCUCCGGCUUCUGUUGUUGUUCUGGCGAACAAUAAGUUCCAUGGGUGCAUUCCUUCUAGUAUAGGAAACAUGUCGAAUUUGAAUGAAAUUAGUUUUAUGAACAAUUUGUUUAAGUCGUGUUUGCCUGAUGAGAUUGGGUUGUUGAAGAAUCUAACUGUUUUUGAUGUUAGUGUUAAUCAGUUUGUGGGAACUUUGCCUGCGGCGAUUGGUGGUGCGGUGAGUUUGGAGCAGCUUAAUGUGGCGGAUAAUUUGUUAUGUGGGAAGAUUCCGGCGAGUAUUUGUAUGUUGCCGAAUCUGAAGAACUUUACGUUUUCGAAUAAUUUCUUUACUGGUGAGCCGCCGGCAUGUUUGAGUUUGCCGGCGUCGGAUGAUAAGAGGAAUUGUUUGCCGGCGAGGCCGUUUCAGAAAUCUCCGGGAGAAUGUGUGGCGUAUUUGUCCAAGAAGGUAGAUUGUAAGUCGUUUAAGUGUAAGGCAUUUGUUCCUUCUUUUCAUUCACCGUCUUCGCCGGCAGUGUCACCUACCUCUCCACCGGGAUUGCCGGGAGUGGCACCUUCCUCUCCACCGUCAAAAGUGUCACCAACCUCUCCACCACUACCAGGAACGGCACAUUCUACUCCGCCGUCAAAAGUGUCACCAACCUCUCCACCACUACCAGGAACGGCACAUUCUCCUCCGCCGUCAAAAGUGUCACCAGUUUCUUCACCACUUCCUGGAACAACGCAUUCCCCUCCACCGCCGCCAGGAACAGGACAUUCCUCUCCACCAUCGUCACACUCUUUUCCACCGGGGCAUUCACACUUUUCUCCACCAGGGCAUUCACCACCUCCAUCUACAUCUCCAACAACUCCAGUGGGGUCGCCACCGUCACACACUCCAGUCCCGUCGUCUCCGCCACUAAAUACACCACCAGCUCCUGCUCCUCAUUAUGACUCACCGCCGCCUCAGGCUCAUUCACCUCUACCGUCACCCCAUCCUUCCCAUGUCCUUUCACCACCACCGGGAAUGACACCUUCCUCUCCACCACCAACUCACUCUUCCCCACCGGUGCAUUCCCAUCCCCCAUCUACAUCUCCAACACCUCCUCUGGCAUCACCACCGUCUCCCCCACUAAAUUCACCACCACCUACAGGUUCUCAUAAUGGCCGAUCACCGCCUCCACCUCAUUCACCCCAUCCUUCCCCUGUUCAUACUUCACCGACACCACCACCUUCUCAAUUCCCAUUCCCUUCUAUACAGCCUCCGUCACAGGCACCACCACCAUUUUCUAAAGAGCAUUCACCUCCACCUCCACCAUCUUCUUCAUCUCCCACACCACAUCCACGGGUAUAUGCCUCUCCACCUCCACCAAUUCAACAUACUCCUCCAUCACCACCACCUCCUUCUCCUGUCCAUCACAGUUCACCGCCUCCACCACCUACCCCUGCAUAUGGAGGACCUUUGCCACCCAUCGUCGGACUCCCAUACGCAUCGCCUCCACCCCCUCCUUACUAUUGA